CCCUCGAGUCGGUUUUCUCCCCUUUGCCUGCAACGUACAGCGUCUACAAGUCCACGGCGCAAGACUUGAGCGCGCGAAAGCGGAUGCCAGGUUGAACGUCUUCAUAAUGUCCUAUUUCUCCCCCAGUCGCUGGCACAUGAACUCCGAGCCAGUAUGUGCUCUAUAUUAUCAUCUUCAGUCGAAUUAAGGGGGUUUCGGGUGUCAGAGUCAUGACCGGGUCGCGGUGAACGAAUGUGUUGAGGCAACCUACUCCAUAAUAUACAAAAAAUUGCCGAUGUCAUAAUGCUGGGGGCCGAGGAUCCCUGUCAAUUGGUACCUUCAUCCAUCAAUGAGCUCACAACUUCAGCAGAUGAAAGAAUUCAAUACUCAGCUCUUUCCAACACCCUCCAACAGAAAUAUUACCAUGUAAAAACUACCUUGAUUACUUAAUUGCACACUCACCCAAGAUGUCUAAACGACCCCAAAAAUUCAACCUCACAGGUCGAGUAAGUCUUCUAUAAUCUACCCCUCCCUCUACAAACAACAACCCUACUAACCACGAUCCCAGAAAGUCACAGCCCCGAUAGCAGCCUUCACAAUGGCCAUUCUUCUCUUUACGUACACACGAACCAGUAUCAAAGCUGCAAAACGCAACGCCCAAGCCCACCGCGAAGCCGACGGCGGCCAAAUAAACUGGCACAACGAAAGUCUCCGUCGCCACGGAAAACUGGAACCGCCCGUGGAACAAAAUACUGUCACGCAACUGGCGGGAAUCGCAAAGGAGAACACGAGUGGAAGAGGCGGAGGAGAGACGGAAGCAGAGAAGAUUAUUAGGGAAAAGGUCGCUGGGAAGGGGAAGGAUUGAAGAGAAGCGGAAGAUUUUAUGUGAAUACGGACAAUGUUCUUUACAAAAAGAGAUGUGAAAUGAGGGUCCUUGGUAUGGGGGAAUCAAGCAUGGCGUCUAGGCGUAACUUUGGCUCUGGAAAAUCUGGGUAUACAUACGGU